GAGUUACAUGAGGGACACAUGCUGCAUAACCUCAAGUCUACCACCGUCCGCUGCCUAAUGCUUGUCUUGAAGAAGCUCCAUUUGGCAUUCUGUUUUCCUCCAAGCAGGUGAAAAGUGAGAUGUUUAUCAGACAGUUAUGCUCGAUGUGUUAAUAAUAGGAGGUGGCCCUCAUGCCUUGACUUUGGCAAGCUUGCUCGCCAGCCUUAACCCUGAUCAAGACUCUGACCGCGGAGAUGACUCUCUUAUCUCCACCCCCACUCUCUUUAACGUUGAGACAUUCAAACGCACACCCUGUGACGAAAGAAGAAAGAGGAGGACAACAGCAGGAGAGAUGACAGUGGAGCAAAAAGCAAAGCCUGCAACAUCAGAAAGCGCAGUUUGCCGGCCUCUCUGUGUCCUGGCUGUGGAUACCUACGGAGAGUGGGCUGCUCUGUGGGAGAGCCAGUUCACAGCUCUCAACAUCCCUCACCUGCGCUCACAUACACUGGUGCACACAGACCCUCUUAAUAAGAAUGCGCUUCAGGAGUUUGCUCUCAAGUGCAAUCGUUCAGCAGAGCUUCACAGCCUUCCAGACCAUGUCCAGAUUCUGGAUGAAAACGCGUUCUUCAAUGAUAUGCGGCUCGGCAAAAAGGAGAGGCGGCGUCUGAACGUGACCUCGACCCUAAAGAAGAAUUUAUCCUUCUGUCUGCCGGGAACAAAACUGAGUGUCGAUUUUUUUAAAGAACAGGUGAGGAGAUACAAAUUGGACAAAGUAAUGGUGAAGGGAACUGUCGAACGCAUCAUUCCUGUGACUGGAGACAGGGAUGGGAUGGAAAAGCAGGAAGCCCAGAGUACGGACUUUAGAGAGGCAGGGAAGGUGGAAGAUGGAGGAAGACAGAAGGUCCGAUAUUUUCACGUUGAACUUCAAGACGGCCGCAUCUUAAAAGCCCGGCAGGUUGUUUUGGCCACAGGUCCGACCCGUGCCCAAAUGUCCAACAUCCCUGAAUGGGUGAAAGACAUCGGGGAAAGUUAUCCAGAGGGGAGAUUGCAACACACAGUUCACCUCAUGCACAAGCUGCCUGACUCUGAGCAAAAAGCGCCGGAAGCAGAUUGUCAAGAUCAAACGGAGACUUCCUCUGGUCAAGUAUGUGAGGCAGGGCAGAGAGUAAUGGUAGUUGGUGGAGGUCUGGCCAGCGCUCAUGUCGUCUCAAUUGCCCUGCAGCAAGGGGCCAGCCAUGUGACAUGGGUCAUGAGAAAACACCUGCAGUUGAAACAGUUUGAUGUUGGAGACGUGGAGAGCCUGGUAGGCCGUUACUCCCAUGUUGAGCACGGCAUCAAGAUGGAUGGCCAGGCCUACUUACGGCAGUUCUACAACGAACGCAGCCUCCACAAACGUCUGGCUAUGGUUCGGCAGGCGAGGAAAGGUGGCGCCAUCACCCCAGAGGCAUACAUCCACCUGCAGCCUUUCAUACUGAGCGGACGGGUGGAGCUGAAGACAUUCUGCCAGGUGAACGAGGCCAGCUGGUGCUACAGGUCCCAAACCUGGGGUCUGGCCCUCAGCAACGGGGACCGCUGGAUGGGAGACAGGAUCUGGCUUGCCACCGGCUGCAAACUUGAUGUCAAACAGGACCCGUUGCUUUCUGAGGUGAUGAAGAAUUUCCCAAUCCAGGUGGUUGAUGGAUGGCCGUGUAUAUUGGAAAGCUUACAGUGGACAGAAGGAUGCCCACUCUAUCUGAUGGGACAGUACACUGCUCUUCAGGUUGGGCCUCAUGCUGUAAAUCUAGCUGGCGGACAGGCUGCCAGCCUGAGAAUCGCUAAGGACAUCCUGCACCGUCAGAUGCAGCACAGAAAACAGGACUCUGAAAUGGGAAGAGGCAAAUCCAGAAUUGAAGAAUAUAUUCAGCAGAUGCAAGGACUUUUCUGGCUUUAAUGGUACCAUUUCCUAUUCGGGUGUAACUGAUUAUGACUUUACUAUGUGUGUUAUAAUGAACAUUUGGCAUUCUAUUGCAUAACAAAAGGAACGUUCUAAAGGUAGAUAAUGAUGUAAAAAUGUGAUCACCAAGCUUGUCCUGUUGGUGUUAUUGUUUUGUAUGACCCAGAAGAAGACUUGCAAACUGAAAUACCAUUAAAAAGAAUAAAAAAUAAACCAAAAGAGUUUUUG